ACAUUGAGCCCAACACAUCGACAGACUCCACACAUCAAAAAGAUGGCGAUAAAUCGGUUGCUUCGAGUCUUCCUGUUAUGUGUGGUUGGCUACACCAGCGCCUCCGUAGUGGGCGAGACAGAGAACUUUAGAACGGGUCGUCAGUCGCCCCCCAGUAUCUUCAACGUUGGCAACGGCGAGCAGUGUCUGGGCAAUGACAGGAUAACCGGCGGUGUUUGCCUGUCCCGAAACCAGUGCAACACCCAGGGAGGAAAGGCUAUUGGAUUCUGUGGAGUUUUCGCCACUUGUUGCUCAUUGAAUGCAUGUGACGUUCGCACUCAGACGAAGGUGGCAGUAUUCAUCAACCCUCCUCUGAACCGCGAGUCCUCCGGCUUGGAGUGCUCAUACAAUGUGGAGAUCAACAACAACAACGUCUGCCAAAUGAGGAUUGACUUUGAAACCUUCAACUUGGCUCCUCCAACUACGGUGGAACCAGUAGAGAACGUGACCCAACGUCCUGGCUACAUCUGUAGAAACGAUAUCUUCCAAGUGACCAACCUUCAAGCUAACUCCGAUUUCCUGCCCCCACUCUGCGGUGACAACAGCGGACAACACUUAUACGUGAGAGUGAACGCCUCCACCAACAGCAGAGCUAUCCGUAUUAACUUCAAGAUCGCCGACCGAAGCUCCCAGCCCAACUUGCCACAAGCUACCUGGAAGAUCAAGGUAACACAGCUCGAGUGCUUCAACACUCUUGGCAAAUACCGUGACGGUAUCUUCGAGUCUUUGACCCAGUCUCUACCCUCAACACCGUUCACAUCAUCAGCUGACAGAGACGAGUACCUCAUUGCACCUCCUGGCUGUCUCCAGUACUACCCUGAUCGCUCUGGAGCCUUUGAAUCAUUCAACUACAACAGAGGAGCUGGACCAUACAUUGCUAACCUCAUUUACGCCACCUGCUUCAAGAAAACUUCCGAUGUUUGUGGUAUCAAAUUCACAUCAGCUAGCUUCAACUUGGCUUACCGCGACGAUUCCAAUCUUUACACCGACACCGAUUGCCAAGUGAACCCAGUGACACGAGGGGCAGCCCAAUCUGAAGAUUACUUUUUCAUUCCUGAAGCUGAAACCGCUGAUGGAUUGAGAGGAUCCAAGUUCUGCGGCAGCAGUGCAGCAUCACAAAUCAUUGCUUCCACCCCGCCAGGUCCACUCUACGUGUAUUUCCACAGUGAUAACUUGGUGACCCAAGAUAUACCCGAAGAAGGAUACAGGUUUAACUAUAACGUCUUAAAUAACUGCUUUUUCGGUAGUAAGUAGUUUUUAUAAGUCAUUAUUAAGUUAAACAAAGACAUCGUUGCUCAAUUUUAACUUCUGCAUAAUUGUUAUUGUGGCAGUGUA